AUGUCCCACGCCCAACUGUGCGCCGAUAUCAAGCACUUGGGAGAUAGGGAGCAUGUGAAGGUCUUGCAUUUGUACAAUGUGGAGUCAGUGCUGAAGAGGUACGCAGAGUGGGCUGAUAGUAUGGGGCUGGGGACAGAAGGGACGGUGGAGGAUAAGUUGAGGGAGAUGAAGGAGGCGUUUUGCCGGGAGACAGAAGGGGCAUGCGAUGGGGACGAGGUAUCGAUUGUUUCUUUCAACCCUGCGAAGACGUUCUACGACACAUUCGGCUUGUAUGGAGGUGAUAAAGAGGAGGCAUGGUACAUAUCGGCAGUCAUCAAACCAUCGGCAAGACUCACAGCUCUCAGGCAGCAGUUGGCGGAUCGGACGGGGAAGCCUGCGGAUCACUAUUUGGGGCUGAAGGAGCAUGAUGUGCGGACGGUAUUGGAUUACUACAAGGAAUAA